AACUUGCCUUUGAAGUUUCUCCCUCUCUUCUUCUUCUUCUCCUUCUUCUUCUUCCCACUUUCCUCCAUUGUUUCGCUCACCCCAUUGGUACUUUUCGUCAUCGACGCUGACCCCUCUCUCUCUCUCUCUUCUCUGUGUGUAUAAAGUCAUCGCCUGAGCAGCAAAGGCUCCAUUUUCAGGCAUACCCAGAUUUCGUUGUCAGUGUCUCUCUAGCUUCGGUCCGCGCCCAACCCAAGAAUCUCCGCGGUUUGCUGUGCUUGCUGGGUGUGAUUUCUCUCUGUCGCAGCGAUCUCCCUGUUCGUUGUUCUGAAUUCUGCUGUCUGUUGACCCGCAAGGCGUUUGGAGUUUGUGGGUCGGUGGGAAAAUCUGUCCUGAUCUCGCUGCGCUCGGUGGGUUGGGUCGUCUCCAUUUCUUGACGUGUUUGAGCGGAGAUUGUGGGGGUUUUUCUUGCAUUUUCAUCAAGUUGGAUUUGAUAGAAGAUUUGUUCCCGUUAGCGUUUUAUUCGGGGGAAGAGUAGGAUUUUAGUGCCGCAUUCGAUGGAGACGAAGGCUCCGGUGAGGUUUACCUUGGGGAAGCAGUCGUCUCUGGCGCCGGAGCGGCUCAGGGACGAGUUGGAGGGGUUGACCGAGAUCGAGAGCGGCGAAGAGGUUGAUGCUGGAGUGAGGCUGAUGUACUUGGCGAACGAGGGGGACUUGGAAGGAAUGAACGAUAUAUUGGAUUCGGGGGUGGAUGUCAAUUUCAAGGACAUCGAUGACCGGACCGCCCUGCACAUAGCCGCGUGCCAGGGUUACGCGGACGCCGUCGCUUUGCUGAUCGAACGGAAGGCCACUGUUGAUUGCAGAGACCGAUGGGGCAGCACUCCUCUUGCAGAUGCUAUCUACUAUAAAAACCAUCAUGUGAUCAAACUUCUGGAGGAAAAUGGUGCAAAACCUUUGAUGGCACCGAUGCAUGUCAAACACGCUCGAGAAGUUCCAGAAUAUGAGAUCAACCCGAAGGAUCUGGAUUUUACCAGCAGCAAGGACAUAACAAAAGGGACUUUCUGUUUGGCAUCGUGGCGUGGAACUGAAGUUGCUGUGAAAAAGUUUCAAGAGGAAGUAUUUGCAGAUGAGGAGAAAGUGAGAGCUUUUAGAGAUGAGCUUGCAAUCCUUCAGAAGAUUAGACAUCCAAAUGUUGUCCAAUUUCUUGGUGCCGUAACUCAAAGCAGCCCAAUGAUGAUAGUGAUGGAAUAUCUACCAAAGGGAGAUCUCCGUGAAUAUUUGACAAGGAAAGGAGCAUUAAAGCCAUCAAAAGCAAUUAGGUUUGCUCUUGAUAUUGCAAGGGGAAUGAACUAUUUACAUGAGAACAAACCAGCGAUAAUCCAUCGAGACCUUGAACCUUCAAAUAUACUCAGGGACGAUGCUGGACAUCUAAAAGUUGCAGAUUUUGGAGUUAGCAAGCUGCUGACUGGCAAAGAAGACAGACCUUUAACAUGUCAAGAUACAUCUUGUCGCUAUGUUGCACCAGAGGUUUUCAAAAGGGACCAGUAUGAUACCAAAGUAGAUGUCUUCUCAUUUGCUUUGAUUCUGCAAGAGAUGAUAGAGGGAUGCCUACCAUUUUCUGCGAAGAAAGAAACUGAAGCUGUUGAAGCGUAUGCUUCCAAAGAUCGUCCACCAUUUAGAGCUCCCACAAAGCAUUAUCCGCAUGGGCUUAAAGAGCUGAUUGAGGAAUGCUGGAAUGAGAAGCCAGCCAAACGACCAACAUUCAAGCAGAUAAUAUCAAAGCUGGAGCAUAUUCAGCGCAAUCAGGGCAUUAAGAGGCGAUGGAAGCUUCAGCCCUUGAAAUGCUUCCAGAACUUGGAGGCUAUGUUGAAGAAAGAUCUCUCUGAUCUAAGCAGCCGUGCCGGUUCAUCUCGUUCCGCAAACAGCAUUUAGCAUCUCUUGUGCAAGUCUGCAGAAUUUUAUCACUAUAAAUUUUCAACGAAUGAAGCACAUCUCCUGCACCAGAAGCAUUGUUGGUACAUGGUUUGCCGCAUUAGGUAUUCAGCUCUUUUAUUUGAUUUUCAAAUUGGGUUUAUAUAUGUACAGAAAGGUAGAUAUUUGCUUUCAUGAAGAAGGGGAAAAUUAAGAAAGUGUUUGAUUCUUCCUUCUUUCUGGAUGUUUCGCAUUGCAUUUGCCAGAAUCUGUGGAUACUGAGGAUAAGAGACGAGCAAUAGAAAUCUGUGUAGUUGGUUUGCA